UCUUUUUUCUUUUUCUUUUUUCUUACUUUACAUAUACACGCAUAUAUAUAUAUUAUAGAUGGCUCGAAAGCGAGAAUUUAUAGGCGCCGUAGAUCAAGGAACGACCUCAUCUAGAUUUUUGAUAUUCGAUAACGAUGGAAAACUGAUUACGUUUCAUCAACUCGAACUACCUCAAACACAACCACAGCCAGGAUGGAUCGAGCAUGACCCACUAGACAUAUUGGAUACCGUAGUGAAAUGCAUAGACCAGACGAUUCAUCGCUUUGAGCUUAUGGGGUACGACGUGAAGGACAUCAAAGGCAUUGGCGUCACCAACCAGAGAGAAACUGCAGUAGCAUGGAAUAAAAAGACAGGCGAACCGAUUAGAAACACGAUUGUUUGGUCUGAUGUGAGAACGGACGAUAUAGUACAUGCGCUCAAGGAGCGACCGGAUUCAAAGAUAGUCAAGGAACUCUCGGGUCUCGACAUCACUUCAUACUUCACCGCUGUUAAAUACAAGUGGAUGCUGGAAAAUGACGAAGAGGUGAAAAAAGCGGUAAAAGAGGGCGUGGCUUGUUUCGGCACAGUCGACAGCUGGCUUAUCUUUAAACUGACAGGUGGUACGGCUCAUGUGACAGAUGUCACGAACGCCAGUCGUACACUGCUCAUGAAUCUCAAGACGCUUUCUUGGGAUCCACUGUUGCUCGAGUUCUUUGAUGUUCCUGAAGGUCUGCUGCCCAAACUGUGUUCAUCAUCAGAAAUAUAUGGAGAAAUGAAAGAAGGUCCGCUCAAGGGUAUACCUAUCGCCGGUUGCCUAGGUGAUCAACAAGCAGCCCUUUUGGGACAAAAGUGCUUUGAUCGUGGAGAGGCAAAAUGUACAUUUGGUACUGGUGCCUUCAUGUUGUUCAACACAGGAAAGGAGCCUGUUGUCUCUACACACGGCCUUAUCACCACAGUCGCAUUCCAACUAGGCAAAGACGCGUAUUAUGCCCUAGAGGGUUCCAUGGCCGUCGCCGGUUCUUCGCUUCGAUGGUUGCGUGAUAAUUUAAGAUUGAUCAACUCCAUGGAGGAGGUGAGUGAACUGGCCGAGCAUGUGCCAGAUACAGGAGGAGUCUAUUUUGUAACUGCAUUCUCUGGUCUGUUUGCUCCCUAUUGGCGAGACGAUGCACGAGGAACCAUGAUCGGUUUGACUACAUACACUACCAAAUACCACUUGGCGCGUGCAACACUUGAAAGCAUGUCAUUCCAGUCGAGAGCCAUUCUGGAGAGUAUGAACCAAGAUGCUGGAGUUCCACUCAAGGUGCUUAAAGUGGAUGGUGGUGUUUCCAACUCGAACGUGGCGAUGCAGAUUCAGGCGGAUCUCUUGGGUAUUCAAGUAGAGCGACCGGCCAUGCGAGAAACGACGGCACUUGGUGCGGCUAUUGCAGCAGGUCUCGCUGUAGGUGUCUGGAAAUCAGUGCAUGACCUCGAUAAUGUAAAUGUAGACAAUGUCAGUCGGUUUGAACCUCAUUUAGCACAAGAUCAACGAGAAGAGAGAUAUGAAGUUUGGAAGAAGGCAGUAGAGACCUCUCUCCACUGGAAGGACGAUGUAGAAGAACUAUAAAAAUAAACUUUCUUUUAUUACUCUUGUCUUUUCUAUCACACAUUUUCCUAAUUUGUAUCUUUCAGACUCCUUUGGAGUCUUAAUGUACUUCCAUCCAAUCUUUGUUUGGCAUAUUCGGCACGAGAUAUCUGCAACUGUGUGGAUGCCAGUCAUCAGUUGUCGAUCUUCAUCUUUACCAGUCAUUAUAUUAAUCAUGUUCUCUACUAAAUAUGCAGCCCCGUAUCUGCCUUGGAAUGCCUUUGAUAUCACAUCUUGGUGACUGACAAGUUGUGAGUGGCAAAUUACGCAUGAAUAGUAGACAUUUACUGUAUCAAAAUAACCAGGAUGACUUUUUGUCAUAAAGAAGAAAGGAGAAA